ACUUCAGAUCUCACCAUCACACACAUUUUCCGAUCUAAAUUCACUUUUCAAUCAAAAAUCUCAAAUUCAACAAAAAAAUGUCAGGAAGAGGAAAGGGAGGAAAGGGGUUGGGAAAGGGAGGAGCAAAACGACAUCGUAAGGUCCUCCGUGAUAACAUCCAGGGUAUCACCAAACCCGCCAUCCGUCGUUUGGCACGUAGAGGCGGUGUGAAGCGUAUCAGCGGGCUGAUCUACGAAGAGACACGUGGAGUCCUGAAGAUCUUUUUGGAGAACGUCAUUCGUGAUGCCGUCACUUACACAGAACACGCUCGCCGCAAAACCGUCACCGCCAUGGAUGUUGUUUAUGCUCUCAAGAGACAAGGCCGUACUCUCUAUGGUUUUGGUGGUUAGUUUUUAGGGUUUGGUUUCUGGAAGUCUUGCUGUCAAGAAAGAAAGGGAAAUUGUAUGUUUUUAGUUUAGUUUUUUGUGAUUAGGGUUUUUUUCUGUUAUGAAAAUUAAUAUGUUGCAAUGAAAUGAAAGUGUUUGUUUCUAUUA